ACCGAGUCUAGAAAUAAAUGCACUGUAGUGUUUCAAAAGUGGAAAUAAUAUGUACAGAUCCAGUUACAAAAUAUUAUGUGGAAUUGGAAAACGGCAACUGUCUCUGCUGGAAGGAUCUCAAAUUGUGAAGACAAAGGUCGACACUGUUGGGAGUCCUCUAACAGACUUAUUUGGAAGACAUCACACUUACUUGAGGAUAUCUUUAACUGAAAAGUGCAACUUGAGAUGUCAAUACUGUAUGCCUGCUGAUGGAGUAGAACUAACAGAAAAUUCAAAAUUGCUGACAACUGGAGAAAUCCUUAAAAUAGCCACACUCUUUGUUAAUGAAGGAAUCAAUAAAAUUAGGCUAACUGGAGGAGAACCAACUGUGAGGAAAGAUCUAGGUGACAUAAUUUACAAUCUGAAGCAAAUUGAUGGUCUAGAAACAGUAGCAAUGACUACCAAUGGCCUUGUCUUGACAAAGCAAUUGGUGGCUCUACAAAAAGCUGGUCUGGAUAUAUUGAAUAUAAGUCUAGAUACUCUAAAGCCAGAUAGAUAUGAGUAUAUAACCCGAAGAAAAGGGUGGCAACGUGUCAUGAUGGGGAUAGAUUUAGCUUUACAGUUGGGAUAUGAACCAGUGAAAAUCAACUGUGUAGUAAUGAAAGGUUUCAAUGAAGAUGAAAUUUUGGAUUUCAUUGAAUUGACAAAAGAUAGAAAUGUUGAUGUGAGAUUCAUUGAAUAUAUGCCCUUUACUGGAAAUAAAUGGGAAGUAAAUAAGCUAGUUUCCUACAGAGAUAUGAUACAAAAGAUUAAGGAAACAUAUCCAAAUUUUUAUGAGAUGAAAAAUGGACCUAAUGACACAUCUAAGGCAUGGAAGGUACCCAAAUAUAAAGGUCAAGUGGGCUUCAUAACGUCCAUGAGCGAACAUUUCUGUGGAUCUUGCAAUAGAUUGAGGAUAACAGCGGACGGCAAUUUGAAAGUGUGUCUGUUUGGAAAUACGGAAGUUUCUUUGCGCGACGCCAUAAGGAAUGAUUGUUCUGAAGAUGACUUGGUUGCUCUGAUCAGUGCCGCAGUCAAAAGGAAAAAGAAACAACAUGCAGAUAUGGCAUCUAUGAAAUACCACAUAAAACCUUUGGAAUUAAAACCCAUAUACUACAAUCACAUUCACUCACCACCAAUGACCCCGUCCCUACAAACACUUUCGAGAUCCUACUCGACCAAUCAGACCGCGCAACUCACGCACCUCGACAAACAAGGCAAAGCCAAAAUGGUGGACGUGGCCGACAAGCAUGUGACCCGCCGAAGCGCCACAGCCAUGGCCACGGUCAAAGUGGGCCCACGCAUCGCCAAGCUCAUCCUCGAGAACUCGAUAAAAAAAGGCGACGUUCUCACCAUCGCCGAAAUCGCCGGCAUAAUCGGCGCCAAGAAAACCUCGGAAUUCCUGCCCUUGUGCCACAACAUCGCCCUGUCCAGCGUCGAUGUGACAGUCCGUUUGGCAGACGAAAAGGAGGCGGUGGAGAUCGAGGCGCAGGUGCGCUGUGAGGGAAAGACGGGAGUGGAAAUGGAGGCUUUGACAGCUGUCAGUGUGGCGGCUUUGACCGUUUACGAUAUGUGCAAGGCGGUGAGCAAGGCCAUCGUGAUCACGGAUGUGCAGCUGGUGAGCAAGAGCGGCGGCAAGAGCGGGGAUUAUGAGAAGGAGGGCAUCGUUUUGAGGGAUUAUAAUAGGACGCCGGCUGCUACGAGAUUUUCUCCGUUCGUCGGUCCCGUGUGAUGAUUUUUUUCCCACCACUAGCCCUAGAACUACGGAUGGCGAUCAUCGUACAUCAAAUACUUUUUUGGGGCAGAUAGUAAUCUGACAAAGUUCCAAACAAAUUUCUAACAAAGAGAGCUCACGGACUGAAGUAAAGUUGAUUGACAAAAGUGACUGACAAAGUUCGUUCAGAACAUUCUCCAAUAACGAUGGACCAGUGGAAAUCGUCAUCACGUAGAUUUCCGGCCACCAAAAAACAUGUAAUAAUAUAGUUCUAUAAACGAGGAGAAAAUCUAACAAAACAAGAGGUUAGGAGGCUUAUUUCUCUAAUAAUGGUUAUCAACUAUUUAUCUGUUGAAUAUAUUCAAGCUAUAGUAGAUUGAAUAUAGUGCACUAUGAGUCAUCCAUAUUUUUUUCCUGCCAUAUACAUAAUAGAAGUUUUAUCUUACAGUUAUUUGUCGCAUUGUACAUUCUUUCUUGAGAUUUGAUAUUGAGCUCUGAUAAGCAAAAAAAAUAUUUUGUUCCUGGCGUAAUUUCUUGGUCUUUAAAAUUUAUUGGCGAAUAUGGCCAGGAAUUUCAUCAGAAUAAUUGAAGUGCAAUAGUUUAGUCAAUAAUUUGUUGGUUAUGGAUCAUUUGAAAUCUUGUGAUUGUGAUGUAAUAAAAAGGUUUGCAAUUAAUAUGUUACAUCUCAGAUUUUUCGUAUUCUUGAUGGCUCCUAUAGUUUUUAUUUAAAGAGGGGAAAGUCUGAUGAUUCGAACAUUCCAUUCAAAUGAAUUGGAGUUUGCUGUCGGGAAAUUUAUGUUCAUCACACACCAAGCGAAUUGGUGAAAAAGUAAAUAUAAGACUGGUGUUACUACAAUACUACAUCUAAAAGUUCGUUCAUUUGAACCUAACUUGUUUUAAUGAGUUUAUAUUAUUGGUAGUUCAAAUAAUUGAGAUUUAACAUUUUAAUUACAGCAUAUGGAUUUUAAUACAAAAAGGUUUUAUAACAUUUAUACUGGAAAUGUAAUACAUAUACAUAUUAUAUUUUUGUAAUAUUUUACGAAUAAUAUUUAAGGGAAAGAAGGUUACCUAUGUUUUUUAUUUUCUCUUGUAUUAAUCCUAACCAGUCUAUUUCUGCCGUUGUCGAACGAAAAGGCUAUCUUCUGGCAUAAGUAUUCUGAAAAACAA